AAUAAUAUGAACCCAUCUCUCUUCCAAAGUUACACUUGGAACAACAUCAUCAACAGCAGCAACAACAACAACAAGAAUGAUCACCAUCAUCAUAAUGAUCCAAUCGGUAUGGUCAUGGACCAACACACCCACCUCCAUAUCUUCAACAACCCUUUCUCUUCUUCUCAUUUCACUCCCCUCUCAUCUUCCCUCGCAACCACCACUCUUUUCUCCGGAGAUCAAGCAGAUGAAGAAGACGAAGAAGAGCCUUUAGAAGAACUAGGUGCUAUGAAGGAGAUGAUGUACAAGAUCGCAGCCAUGCAGCCGGUCGACAUAGAUCCCGCAAGCGUCAAGAAACCCAAACGCCGUAACGUCAGGAUCUCCGACGACCCUCAGAGCGUAGCGGCUAGACACCGCCGUGAGAGAAUCAGUGAGAGGAUCAGAAUUCUCCAGAGACUAGUGCCAGGUGGCACCAAGAUGGAUACAGCCUCAAUGCUCGACGAAGCUAUACGCUAUGUCAAGUUCUUGAAACGGCAGAUCCGGCUACUCAAUAAUAAUCCCGGAAAUCAUCCUCCCCCGCCGCAAGAUCAAGCUUCUCAGGCGGUUACGACGUCAUGGGUUUCGCCGCCAAAUUUCGGCGGUGGGGAAGGAGGAGGAGGAGGAGGAGGAGAAGAACUGAUCUAAUCAAGGUGACAUUUCCAAUAAUAGUAACUAGAUUAUGAUAUAAAGUGUGAGUAAUGGUGCAAUUAUGGAAAGUGUUUAUAUAUAUUAAAAUGGAUACGAAAUAAGGGUUUGUUAGGAUAUAUAAUAUAUUGUUGUUGACUCGAGAAAAGGUUGUGGAAUAAUCAUAACGGUUAGCUUGAGUUGUGUACCACUAUAUAUUUAAAAUUGUUAUGAAUUUGGUAUAUAUAUAAAAUGAAUAAUAAGUUUUUGAUUUGUA